CAGUUUUUGGUUGUUUCUUUCCUUUUUCUUCCUCAACCUGAGAUAGCAAUCACACACAAACACAACAAAAGCGUCUUUUACGAUUUAGGAUUCUCAUUUUUCCAAUUUCAUUUUUAAUCCGACUUUUUAAUCUUCAAUAAAAACGUUGAAAGCCUUUGUUGGAUAGUUCUGCUAACGUGCGCCCUGUUCUUCUGUCCAUCCAAUUUCCGUACCACGUCGGCUCGAUCUCCACCGUCCGAUCAGUGUCCGGUGUAUUAUAGAAUUUCCCAUCUGGUGAAUAGGGGUUAACCUCGAUAAACCUAAAGGAAAAAAUGGAUAAGAUUUUGCUGUAAUAUAUGAUGGAUUUUGGUUUUGAAUUUGAUCCAUUGAUUGUGACUGUCAUAAUUUGGGUUUUCGGAAGAAGGGUUUCUGUGGAGGUUCUUUAGUGUUCAAAUUUCUCAACUUUAGCAUAAAGUUUUUCUCUUUUUCGUGUUUCUUUUUUCCCGUGAGAUGGAGAGGGAGGAGCUGAAUUUGAACAAAGAGAGUAAUAACAACGGUGUUGGAGGUAAUAACAGUAAGAGUGGCGGUGAUGGCUUCAUUGACAGAAGCAAAGUUAGGAUUUUGUUGUGUGAUAACGAUUCCAAGAGUUCCGAAGAGGUUUUUACUCUUCUAAUUCGAUGCUCUUAUCAAGUUGUUUCUGUAAAGUCAGCAAGGCAAGUAAUUGACGCACUGAAUGCAGAGCGACAAUAUAUAGACAUCAUACUAGCUGAAGUCGACCUUCCAAUAAAAAAGGGCAUGAAGAUGCUUAAGUACAUAGCACGCGACAAAGAAUUGCGCCGAAUUCCUGUUAUAAUGAUGUCUGCACAAGAUGAGGUAUCCAUUGUUGUUAAGUGCUUGAAACUUGGAGCAGCAGACUAUCUAGUUAAGCCUUUACGCACUAAUGAACUAUUAAAUUUGUGGACGCACAUGUGGAGAAGGAGACGCAUGCUUGGACUUGUAGAGAACAACAUCUUGAAUUAUGACUUCGACCUGGUAGUGUCUGACCCGAGCGAUGCAAAUACAAACAGUACCACCUUAUUUUCUGAUGACACAGAUGAUAAGUCCAAAAGAAGCAGUAAUCCAGAGGCAGGAAUAUCUAUCCAACAGCAAGAGGCUACUGUUGCCAUGGAUAUUGUUGUUGAGGAGCAUCCUAAUUCUUUGGUGUCGCCUGAUGUGCCUGGAAUUAGUGAUCGCCGAACAGGUGCUCAGGGGCAGCAUCAAUCAUGCAACAAUAUUACUGAGGGUUAUUUUUCAUCUGCUCCAAAGAAGAGUGAACUAAGGAUAGGAGAAUCAUCAGCCUUCUUCACUUAUGUCAAAGCAACAACAACAAUAAGGAGCAACAUUGAAGAGAUUGUUCAUCUUGACAAGAAUGCUACUAAACAAGUGAGAAUGGAAGACAUGGAUCAAGCAUGUGCUCAAGAGAAGGGUAACCUUCAAAGACAUGAGAAUGGAGAGACACUUGAAAGCCAUUCACAAGAGGACUUACCCAGCAGCAAUAGUAUACCUGAUUCUUUUUCUAUUGAGAGAUCUUGCACUCCUCCUGCAUCAAUGGAAGUUUCACAGCAAAAGCAUUACAAGGAAGAGCAUCGUCAGGGUGUGGUGCAUCCAAGAAAUGGAAGCCAUGGUUCCGAGCCUGAUGCAUCUAGCAUGAAUGCUCACCAUGCUUAUCCAUAUUAUAUGUCAGGAGUUGUUAAUCAUGUUAUGAUGCCAUCAUCAGCACAACUGUAUCAAAAGAAUAUGCAGGAGCUACAGAAUCAUACUAGUUCGUCUAUGAUUGCACAAUACAAUCAUCUUCCCCACUGCCCUCCUCAUCCAAACGGGAUGACGUCCUUUCCAUAUUAUCCAAUGGGUAUAUGCUUACAGCCUGGUCAGAUUCCUGCGAAUCAUUCAUGGCAACAAUUAGGAGGUUCGAGUUCAUCAGAGGUGAAAUUAAGCAAAGUUGAUAGAAGAGAAGCGGCGUUGAUGAAGUUUAGACAGAAAAGGAAAGAACGUUGUUUUGAUAAGAAAAUUAGGUAUGUCAAUAGGAAACGACUGGCUGAAAGGCGGCCCCGUGUUAGGGGACAAUUUGUCAGAAAGUUGAAUGGUGUCAAUGUGGAUCUCAAUGGACACCCUGCCUCCACUGAUUAUGAUGACGAAGAUGACGAUGAGGAGGAAGAAGACAACCACGUAGCAAAUGAUUCCUCUCCUGAGGAUGCAUGAGAAUGUUGAGAAGCUUCUUCGACCACAGGGUGAAGGGGCCACAAUUCCAUCUUGAGUUCAAAUGGUCCGAUUCGAGGACCAGCUGCUGUUCCUUGCUUUGGUGGUAAACUUAUUGCAUCAGCAUUAAUUUGGUGAGAUGUGCUGUUGAUACAUCAGGGAUGCUGAUCCAAUUAUAAUGCACAGUUGCACAUCACAUGCCCUUGCUCAGUUUUUCUCAGAAUAUCACUUCCUCGAAUGAUCAAUCUUACUGAGCCCUUCUCAAAGGUAUAUUGCUGGUUCUGUUCAAUGCAGUUAAAAGCAUCGGUGGUGUAAUUGAAACUGUUUGAAGCAGGUUGUGGUUGCUUAUGUUUAUGGAGAAAAAUGUUGGACAGCUUAAUGUUUGCGCACUCCAUAAUCCAUAGUGUUGUAUUGUCUAAAGAUUCUACUGUCAAACCAAAUUCAGGACCACUAAAAGCAUUUAUCCUCCCUAAUUUUCUUAUGUACACUAUUGGGUCACACUUAUUUGAACGAGGGAUAAUAUUUAAUAUAAUUUUCUAACGUAUUGGUCUCUGUCUGAAGUUGAGUA